AAUGGUAUAUCUUGGCUUGUAUAAAAUAAUGCUCGCUGUGAAUAACAUAACCGCAAAUGCCAAGCAUUGUUUUGUGUAUGCAAACCAGUAAUUGGACAAACGAAUCAGCAGUAAACCAAGCACCAGCAGCAAACCAAUUGCGACAACAACAGCAGCACCAGCAGCAGCAGCAACAGCAGCAACAACAAGAGGAAAGUCAGCCAGCAACAGCAGCAGAAGCAAAAGCAGCAUUAAAAUGCCACUGUUUGGUAAAUCACAGAAGACGCCUGCCGAAUUGGUCAAGUCGCUGAAGGAGGCGAUAAACGCACUGGAGUCGGGUGAUCGGAAGGUGGAGAAGGCGCAGGAGGAUGUUAGCAAAAAUCUGGUAUCUAUCAAGAAUAUGCUGUACGGCAGCAGCGAUGCGGAACCGCCAGCGGACUAUGUGGUUGCCCAGCUGUCGCAGGAGCUGUAUAACAGUAAUUUACUGUUACUGCUAAUACAGAAUCUGCAUCGCAUCGAUUUUGAGGGUAAGAAGCAUGUGGCGCUCAUAUUUAAUAAUGUGCUGCGCCGGCAGAUUGGCACCCGUUCGCCCACAGUGGAAUAUAUAUGCACGAAACCGGAAAUAUUAUUUACACUGAUGGCCGGCUAUGAGGAUGCGCAUCCGGAGAUAGCCCUCAAUUCGGGCACAAUGCUGCGCGAAUGCGCACGCUACGAGGCGCUGGCCAAGAUCAUGCUGCAUUCGGAUGAGUUCUUUAAGUUCUUUCGGUAUGUGGAAGUGUCAACAUUUGACAUCGCCUCCGAUGCCUUCUCCACGUUCAAGGAGCUGCUGACACGCCACAAGCUCUUGUGCGCCGAAUUUCUGGACGCCAACUAUGACAAGUUCUUUGCCCAGCAUUAUCAGCGAUUGUUGAACUCGGAGAACUAUGUGACACGACGCCAGAGUCUGAAGCUGCUCGGUGAACUGCUGCUGGACAGGCACAAUUUCACCGUUAUGACGCGAUAUAUAUCGGAGCCAGAGAACCUGAAGCUGAUGAUGAACAUGCUCAAGGAGCGAUCGCGCAACAUACAGUUCGAGGCGUUUCAUGUCUUCAAAGUGUUUGUCGCGAAUCCGAACAAACCGAAACCGAUACUGGACAUCCUGCUGCGCAAUCAAACGAAACUGGUCGACUUUCUGACCAGCUUCCAUACGGAUCGAUCCGAGGACGAGCAGUUCAACGAUGAGAAGGCCUAUCUGAUCAAGCAGAUAAGGGAGCUGAAGCCGCUGCCCGAGGCUUAGUUGGCAGCGGCAGCGAGAACGAGAACAAGAACGAGAACAUUUUGGCCUUGGCUGUAUGGCAGGAUGACGAUAGCGAAGACGAAAGCAGGACAACAGACAAACGACAACAACAGCACAUACAUUCGCAAUAUGUGUGCGUGUGUGUGUGUGUGCAGGGCGUGGGUUAACCUUAACCGCAACCAAAUGCAAAUGCAAUUCCAAUACACACACACACACACACGCACGCACGCACAUUUGUGGACAAAAGACGAUGACGAUAACCGAUGACGGAUGACCGAUAACCGAUGACUGAUGACGGAUGACGACAGCACUUGUGAGUAACUAAACAAUAAUUUAGACAAAGCAAACAACAAAAUGAUAACGAUAAAUAACGAUAAAGCAAAAUACAUAAGUAGUAACAAACAAGUACACACAUUAUAUUAUGUAUGUAAUAGCGUAAAGGAGUAAAUGCAGCCGCAGCAUGUUGCGAAUUUAACUAAACAAGAAAACAACAAAAA